CGGUGAAAGCAGCCCUUACACAUCUACUGUCAGGAAUGGAAACUGCUUCCAGUAGCUGACAGACACCAGUGUCAACAAGUCGGGUUAGUUCGACUGGUUUGUGUCGGUGGAUAUGAGGAAGCCCAACUGGCAGAACGGAAGAGCUUCUUGGACUGCAGCAGAGAGAAGAUACCGGUGCUGGGUGAAUGGCUGAAAACCACACCGCGGGUCAGAUCAGGGAUUUAAAGGCUUCUCUGGAUCUUAACAUUUAUGGACCCGAAGAGCAGGCGGGAGAGUUGGAGAACCAGAACCUGUGGUCCAGAUCCCUGGCUAGAAAAUGGACGGUGAUGCUGUUUCUGGGCACCUGCCUGCUGUACUGCGCUCGGAUGACCACGCCGGUCUGUGCCGUCUCAAUGGCCGCCACUUUCCACUGGAGUAAAAUCGACUCGGGUCUCGUCCUGGGCGGCUUCUUCUGGGGAUACUGUUUCACCCAGAUCCUGGGAGGACAUGCCAGCGACAAAGUCGGGGGAGAGCACGUCCUGUUCAUCUCUGCAGCCUCAUGGGCUCUGAUCACCGCUGGGACUCCGGUGCUGGCCCAUUUGGGCCCCCACACCCUGGCUCUGAUGACGGUGGCCAGAAUCCUCAUGGGUCUACUCCAGGGUGUGUUCUUCCCGUCUUUGGCCAGCUUGUGCUCCCAGCGCGUUGUGGAGGCUGAGCGAGGGUUCUUGAUGAGCACCAUGCACAGCGGCAGCCAUCUUGGCACGUUGUUGGCGGGUGGAAUGGGGUCGGUGAUGCUGGACAGGUACGGCUGGGAAAGCAUGUUCUACUGCACUGGUGUCCUGGCUGGACUCUGGGCCAUCACAGUGAAGUAUUACUUAUUAAGAGGCGACGUCACAGUGAAGCAGAUGGAAAAAAAGAGCGAAAUUCAAUCAAGUUUGUCCAGAAAACGUUGGCUGCACCUUUUCAAAAAGCCUCCAGUUUGGGCCAUGGUGUUCGCUCACAUGUGCACCUGCAGCACGUCCUACACGCUGCUGUCAUGGCUGCCGAUGUUCUUCAAGGAAUCGUUUCCUCACGCAACCCCUUGGGUGUAUAAUGUGGUUCCCUGGUUAACAGCGAUCCCAUCAGGUCUUGGUGCAGGAUUUGUGUCGGAUUUUCUCAUCGCAAAAGGAUACAGAGUUGUAUCUGUGAGAAAAAUAAUGCAAUUUGGUGCCAUGGGUCUCUCCAGCAUGUUUAUUCUGCCCCUGUCCGGAUCCGUCUCCUUCACGUCUGCUGUCGUCUUCAUUUCUGCUGCCGUCGGUUUCACCACCUUCACCGGAGGUGGUGUGUCUGUGAAUGUGCAGGAUCUCACUCCAUCAUGCGCUGGAGCGCUCUAUGGGUUUAUGAACAUGAUGGGAGCCUUAAUGGGUCUGGUUCUGGUGUCGUUCUCGGGUUACCUGAUCGAGGUCACCUUGUCGUGGUCCGUCGUCUUCGCCCUCGUCGCUUUGGUAAACGUCACCGGCCUCGGCGUCUUCCUCGUCUUCGGAGACGCUCGACAUGUCGACCUGCAGGAGAACGACUAUCUCAUCCUGGAUUAAAUCAUCCUCAGUUAUUUAAGUUAGAUUAUUAUAUUUCUUUUUUUAUAUUAUUAUUUUGAUAAGCCAGGGAACUGUGUAGAAAAAUACUAGUGUUCAUCAAAGCUCUGGAUAUUUUCCCUGUUGCAGAGAAAAACAUCAAUCAAGUCUGUAAACAUGCUGAAAUGAAGAAACUUUCUGAAUAUUUUUUUUCCAACAACACAUUAAGCUGCUUUGUACAAAUAUUAAAAAUAUAAUUUAUUUAAGAAAGUUAUAUUUUCACAAGAGAACAUUUACUUUAAUAUUAAAGUUGUUCAUUGUUUCAAAAUUAAAGCACAAGCUGGAAAGAUUUUCUGAAAAUAUUUAAUUCUGUAGAAAAAAGGAACUUUAUUAAUCACAAAGAGAAAUUAAAUGUAACUUGUAUAAAUCAAGUUUCUUCAAAGAGUU